AACACAAACACCCUAUUAUUAUUGACACACACCAAUAGACACACAGACACACACAAACAUAACCUAACUUUCACCAACACACAAUGCCUCCCAGAGAUAAACUCGCGAUCGCCGACGUGCACAGCGCCGCCAGAGAGACUCGCUACAGAGGCGUGCGCAAGAGGCCGUGGGGCCGGUACGCGGCGGAGAUUAGGGAUCCGGCGAAGAAGAGCCGUGUUUGGCUGGGGACGUUUGAUACGGCGGAAGAGGCGGCGCGUGCGUAUGACGCGGCGGCGAGGGAGUUUCGCGGUAUCAAGGCGAAGACGAAUUUCCCGACGUCGAUGGAGCUGAUUGCGGCGGCGAAUCCGAUGAAGACUCCCGGAAAUAACACUCGGAGUCCGAGCCAGAGUAGUACUGUUGAAUCGUCGACGUCGGCGCCGAUGCUUGCCGGAGGUCCUCCGUCGCUAGAUCUCAGCCUCGCACAUCUCGGCGGCGCGGUGCAUUAUCCUCAAAUCUUCCCGGCCGCGCGUCCUCUCAUGUUCUUCCAGGCUAUGACAAGAUCCGACAAUUUCGCCGCUCUCAUACCUAAUCGUCCUGUCACCGGCGCACAUCCGGCGGCGCAGAGCGACUCCGACUCGUCGUCCGUCGUCGAUUACAACUACACCGAGCGGAGAAAGCCACUCGAUCUCGAUCUCAACCUGCCGCCGCCGUCUGAAGUGGCCUGAUCUCCGAUCUAUAAUUUGUUAAUUUUGCCCUAAUUUUAAAAUUAGAAAAAGAGGCUUAAAAAAAGAGGAAUAUAUUAAUAUAAUAUUAGUUGCAGAAGAGAAGAAGAAUGGAGCUUAUCAAAUUCUCAGCCUGACAAUGUUUUUCGAAUGUGCUGUUAUUAAAAAUAUAAAAUCACAACUAGUAGUACAAUCAUCAAGCAAGCAAGUCCUGUAAUGUAUAUACAAACAACAAUUUAGCCUCUCUUAUUUCAGUUCAUCGUUCUU